AUGUAUGCCGUCAACUGUGCUGUCAACGCUAUCCGUGCCGGAGAUUGUGACUCUGCUAUCGUGGCUGCAGGCAACUGGAUAGCAGACCCUACGGUCCAGAUAGCCCUCGAUAAGCUCGGUGCUUUGUCUGCGUCGUCGAGAUGCCACACCUUUGAUGCCAGAGCCGAAGGCUAUGCACGUGGAGAGGGGUGGGGAGCCAUCUACCUGAAGAGACCCUCGACCGCUUCGGCGGAUAACUCGCCUAUCCGAGCUUUUAUUCGAGGCAGUGCUGUCAACUCUAAUGGGAGGACUGGUGGAAUUACGAGGCCCAGUGCUCUCGGCCAAGAGACGGUGAUUCGUGAAGCAUAUCGCAAUGCUGGUGGCCUUCCGUUCAAGGACACCAGUUAUUUCGAAUGCCACGGAACAGGCACUUAUGUGGGAGAUCCAAUCGAAGUUGCGGCCGUGGGCAGGGUCUUUGCCUCGGUGCGAGAGCCAAACGACCCGCUCCUUGUCGGAUCAGUCAAGAGCAACGUGGGACACGGGGAAGGUGCAAGUGCUCUGGCGUCCAUCAUGAAAGUGGUGCUGGCUCUGGAGCGCGGUGCGAUUCCGCCCGUUUACGACCUCCAGACACGCAACCCCAACAUCGACUUUGACGCCGCCAAUGUGCAGCCCGUCACGGAAGUUACACCGUGGCCCGAGGGAAAGAUCCGACGUGCGUCUAUCAACUCGUUCGGAUACGGUGGUGCCAAUGCGCAUUGCAUCAUCGACCACGUCACCAACGUCUGGCCGGAUUAUGUCGCUCCUGGCGUUUUCAACAAGAGCAGGGCGGUGACCAACGGUCAUACCAACGGCCAUGCCAAUGGGCAUACAAACGGAUCGACAAACGGCCACACAAAUGGCAAUGGCAAUGGCACGUCAAAUGGCCAUCAGAACGGUUCUGUCCAACACAGUCCCGUCGUCAAGCUCAAGACGACUGCCGUGCCCGGGGCCAGCACUCGCCAAUCUGUUCUGCUGCCUCUCUCAGCGGACAAUGAACAAUCCCUCAAGCUCAACAUCGAAGCCUUGGCCAAGGCUGUUGACCAGUUUCCCUUGGCAGAUGUCGCAUAUACACUCGGUAACCGUCGGUCUAAAUUCGCCCAGCGAUCCUUUGCCAUUGUGGACAAGGACAAUGUCGCCAACGACCUUCUCAGUGUAAUCGACAAGAAGCCGACCAGAGCUCCGCUGCAUACCGCCAGUCUUGGAUUCAUCUUCACUGGACAGGGUGCUCAGUGGCAUGCUAUGGGGUCGGAUCUUUUCCAGUACCGCAUCUUCCAAAACACCAUCCAGCAUCUUGACCAUGUCCUCGGCACGCUCUCCAACGCCCCUGCGUGGUCGUUGUACGACAUUCUCUGUGGAAACUGCGAUCCCUCCUUGAUCCAAACCGCCGAGGUCUCACAAGCUGCCUGCACGGCUGUUCAAGUUGCCCUUGUCGACCUUCUUGCUUCCUGGUCUAUCCGUCCUUCAGGUGUGGCUGGGCACUCAUCUGGAGAGAUCGCUGCUGCCUAUGCUUCUGGUCGGAUCACUGCUGCCGAGGCUAUAGUCGCUGCUUAUCUCCGUGGCGAGGCUGUCUCCAGAAACAAGCAAACAGGUGCCAUGUUGGCUGUCGGGCUUGGAUUCGAUGACGUCCUCAAAUACCUCGACGGUAAAGAGGACGAGAUCAAGGUGGCUGCCAUCAACUCCCCUGGUAGCGUGACCCUAUCCAGAGAGGAGCCCACCGUCGACAGCAUUUCGGCGGCCAUGACAGCGGAUAGUGUGUUUAACCGGAAGCUCAAGACCGGUGGCAAUGCCUAUCACUCACACCACAUGAUCCCCAUCGGUCGUGAGUAUGUCGAGCUCUUGACCGAGGGGACCGAGCACCUUCGUAAACUUGGCCUGACCUCGUCCGAUGAUGCCGCCCGCUACCAGCCCACACUCUGGGUCUCCUCCGUAACUCCCGCGAAGAGCACAUCCGGUCUCGGCAGUGAUGAUCUCGCUUCCUACUGGAGAGCCAACCUCGAGUCCCCAGUUCGUUUCUCAGAAGCGGUGGCAGGUCUGGUGCAGAACGCCGACGGGGUUCCUAUCUGCGCUCUCGUCGAGAUUGGACCUCAUCCUGCGCUCAAGAGCCCUCUUGAGCAGAUUCUGAAGGCAGCGGGUGUCAAGAAUGUUGCGUAUGCUGGGUCGACACUGAAGCGAGGAGAAGGCGCUCAGACAUCGAUGCUGCAACUUCCUGGCUCGCUCUUCGCUCUGAACAGUGAAGUAAACAUUGCGGCCGUGAACGCGGUUGAAUCUUCCCACGAUGGGAAGGGAGAUCUGGAGCAUGGCGUUACCUGUGUUGACCUACCACCGUACCGGUAUACCUACGGUGGUCUCAACUACCACGAGAGUCGGGCAAGCAAGGAGUAUCGCUACUGA